UUGUAAAUGGAGCUUAGUAUUGCAUAUGCAUGAAGAUGCCGUGUAUGGUAGAAAAUUUGACACAUAUGUUUGCAGAGUAAUUGAAAAUAGGUCCAAGCUGACUUUCGUUAAAAGCAAUAUAUCCUUCGACAAUACUUAUUGCGAAAAUGAAUACUUAUUUCAGAGAGAUAAAACAUGGAAAUGUGCAGAACUUUCUCGACCGAUAUCAAAAAUUCUGCAAGAUGUAUUGCUACUCAAAUGCGAAUUGAAAUUUUCUAAUUGUAGUUCAUCCUUUGAGAUUAUAGAGUUUUCAUGUGUGCUUUCGUCUUCCAUUAAUUGCCGCUAUUUCAGCAAUAACAUGCGAGAUCUUUACAACAGUGGAAAUUUGACAGAUAUUAGUAUUGAAGUAGGUUCGAAAACUUUUCGGGCGCACAAAUUUAUACUUUCUGAAAGAUCAUCCGUAUUUUCUCGAAUGUUUCAAACCAAAAUGAGGGAGUCAAAAAAGAACAUUGUUCGUAUUGGAGAUGUCGAAGAUGAUAUAAUGGAUGAAUUGCUUUUAUACAUGUAUUCUGGUUACUUAGAAAAACCAUUGGCAGAAACAGUUGAUCAGUUGUAUACAGCUGCAGAUAAAUACGACGUUCCUGUUCUCAAGAAAAAAUGUUCGUGCUUUCUUAAGCGGAAUUUUGCUGUCGAAAAUGUGUGCGGUGUUCUUCAAUUAGCUGAUCUGCAUUCUGAUGAGGAUUUAAACGAAUGUGCAUCAGCAUUUUUUCUUGAAAAUUCCCAAAUUGUUUUUUCAAGCGGUGAAUGGAAAAACUCAUAAAAGGUAACUUAGGUGCAAAACUUUUGGAAGGUAUUAUAAGUCGAGUAAAAGGAAGUGAAAAGUUAUGUGUAUGAUUUUGCAUUAGUGUCUUAGCUAUAAAAUUUCUUAAAUUAUCGCUUCUUCUUAGUAAAUAAUGAAAAUUAUAAGUAUGGAUCGAAUUUCGUUUGUUUAAUUACUUUCAGUUUCAGUAGUAACUGUGUUUUUGGAAAGAAUUGCCUAUAAUCUUAUGAUAUUUUCCAUUUCAUUUUAUAUUUCGUGAUGUAAUUUAAUAAUACCUGUGUGUAAUGUAAUAUACAGUUUAAAGCUUUAUUUCAUUUUAA